AAGCGGAGAACUUUCUGUCUGCAUCCCUAGAGGGGCAUAGUAGUUGUAGUAGAGCGAGUAGCACUCGGUGCGUGUUGUGGCCACGCUACGGGACGGGGGAGAGAGAAGUGCUUUGUUGCUGGUCGUAGUACCAGAUCUACUACUAUUUCUAGUUCAAGCAGUAGAAGGCCAGCGGACGUUUUCUAGUGUUGUUUUUUAUGUCUCGUUUUUCUUAGUAGUGAAUUCUUGGACUAUAUUCUCCGGUGUUUUCCAAAGUAUUGACAACAAGAAGUGCAUGUGGAUAUCUACACCAUUUAUAAUAGGAACAGUGCAUGUAAAUCAAGUCCGCUCUGCAUUUUCAGGUGGAUCCAUGGUCUACGUCACCUUUCACAUUAAAACCAUGACUUUUCUUAUCUGCUAGGUAUAGGUACGAAUUAUUUCUCUGAAGAAAAAAAAUCAUACGUUAGCCCACAGCAGGAAGAAAACCCCCCACAACAAAACGUUUGGAUUUUAAACUUGAAUUCUGAAUAAGGAACAGGAUCUGAUCGAGAGGAUUGUUCACUUCACUUUGAAUUGGAUAGUUGUUACUAUUGUCUGCUGUGCUGAGUCAUCAUAACCCGUGCGAUUGGCUUCUCGGAUUGGAUUAGGAUUACCACAGGUGUGGGAUAUAACAACUGACCUAUGGGUGAUCGGAUUAUCGUCGUCUCAGAGGCCAGUGACGCCAGGUGACUGACGGGAUGGAGAGAGCCCGACCCUCUCGCUCAAGCAUCCCAACGUUCGUGAGGUCAAAAGGUAGAGUCCAUUCACCUAGCCAGGACAAGAACAACGGUAGUGGGGGAUACCACUCUCCUGCGAGGGGUGAUAGAGGUGAUGGUAGUGGUGGAGGAGGAGGUGGAGGUGGCAGCUUUCAUCAGUCGUCCAGUCGGCACGAAUAUGCUGUACCUCAUUCGCCUAGUAGAAAGGAAAAAGGAAGCGGUAACCAAGGACGCCAUUCAUCACCACGCCCACAGCGAUAUGCCGGGCACCACCAUCAGGCAACUAACGGACAUACGGAGUUUAGAGAGGACAGGUCGCUUUGCAGCAGGUCACGUGGUACACCGGAAAGAGGGCGGUCCAGUGAGGGUUCUGGUUCGGCUCGCAACGGUCAUCACGUCGCGAUGUCUUCCACUGCUCAGCAUCACCAGGUUCCGAAACACAGGUCGUCGUCAGGGGGAAGAUACCACGCCAACGUAGCUCAGGUCAAACGGAACGACAUGUGCAGCAGGGCUUUUCAGGAAGAGCCCCUGGAACGCAGUGUGAUCGGUUGUGAAUCAGCGCCGGAAACAACAGAUCCCGUCUUCUCUGAGAAUGCUGCAAAUCCCACCUCGGACUUUGAUGACCAGAGCAACGGACAGACGGGGGGAGUCAAAGCUGACCACUACGGCUUCACCGCAAUGCAGGGAGUCAGCCACGUCCCUGGAACGGAUACAGCUGAUAACUUUAUCGAUUCUGAGACAAACAGAAAGGUUGGAAUUAUAUCUGGGUAUAGUCUGGAUGACAAUAUUGUUGACGAAUGCCAAAAUGGAGCUCACCCAGAAGAGGACGUCUUUGAGGACGACACCUUGAAGCAAGCCUUGCCUCAAGGAGAUUCUGGAGUUCAAAAUGAAAUGGCUUUGACUCAGAACCAGCAGGGAAAUUGCGUGCAAGCUCGUCAAGGUGGACCAUGUAGAUCGUCCCAGGUGUCAAAAGACGCCCCAGCCCAUGUCUCCAGUGGCGUGGAUUAUCCAAUCAGAGGCACCAUGUCUCCAUUGACCAACAAAGUGGCGGUGAAGAGGUCCAUCGGCCCUGUAGAUGAAGUGUCUUUCGUGUUCGGAAGACCUGCUUCUCCUAUGAUGAGUGGCGAGCAGGUGAUGCGAUGCAGCAGCCCUCAAAUGAAAAACCUCGGUCUCGCUCGAUGCAUGUCGCCGUCGACAGGCCGAUACGUCUCCGGAUAUUCGUCCCGGCCCAUGUCUCCCAGUAGUGACGUCCUGCCCGUGAGACGUGCCUUGUCCUCCGGAGGGCAGCCAGACCGUCGAGUGAUGUCCCCUCCGCCAGUUCUUGGAGUAGGCACUGCUGCCGAAGCGCGGAUACACCAGCAUGGGGGCAUCUGCUGCGAGCAUUGCAACAGUUGUCUUGUGGAGCUUAAACGACAGGCCUUGAGACUUAUGUUUCCGGAGAACGGCUCGGGACUUGCGCAGGUACGCCAAUCGGGCUGGAAAGCCGCCUCCUGGACCCUAUACGUCAUCUUCCUCAUCGUCGUUGUCGUCUGUACCCAUAGCUGCACAGGCCCAGGCUUACCUAGAGCAGAAUGUUCGAGCCUUCAUGAACCCGAAGAAGUAUUCACAGAUGAUAGCUGGCAGAGGUCCGGGUUCGUCUCCGAAUGAUGUCAUCUACGACACGCCCACAAGCCCCGCCCCUCUGUCGGACGUGAGCGAAACCGCCAGCAGCAGUAGCAGCACGCCCUCCUCUGGGGGACACCACUAUCAGCACAUCGGCAACAGCAGCAGCGGUAGCAGCAGCCAUCAACAUCACCUCAACCACCACCACCUCCUCCAACAGCAGCAGCAGCAGCAGCAGCAGCAGCAAUACCAUCACCAGCAGUGGCCCGGCCAGGCCCAGCCGAUGAGCGGGGGCCCCCUCAUCCACUACCAGCAACACCAGCACGUGCCUUUGAGGAGCUUGUCUUCCCCGAGCCCCGUUUCCAGCCCCACCUCACCGAUCCCGGUGCCUUCGGCGGCCGUCUCCUUUUUCGCUCGGUGAGUUCCGAAUUGUUCACGACAUACAUGGACUCACAGUGACAGACAUACUGAUAGGGAGGCUGGCAGACACUCACCACACUCAUACACAUACAUACACACAUACACACACGCGUACACACACGCAUGUUCACACAUUUGUACAUGCAUUGUGGUCAUUCACUUGCAGAAAAAGGGAGAGAGAGAGAGAG